CUCAUUUAUCAACAGUGCGUAGAAAAGGUUCUAUAUUUUGUCCAACGAAUAAAAUUUAGAAUGUGCCUAAGUACAAGAAAAUCCGCAUUUAUCAAACGUGCGCACGCAGUUCUUACGCACAUGAGUAAGCAAUCAUUGUUGAUAAAUACCACAUGUGCGUAAGUACCAUGCUCGUUCACAUUCAUGGUCAUUAGCAUUCGGAAACGCCUCCAAUUAACCAUAUAUGGUGACAACACUUCCCUUUAAAAAUUACGUGAUUGUGUUUUUUCCUCACUGCAAUAAUGGCAAAGAGAGAAAAGAAGAGGAACUUCACAAACACAGAAUUAGAGAUACUUGUAAAUGAAGUUGAAUCCAACCAACAGAUAUUGUUUAGUUCAUUCGCUGCAGGAGGAAUUACAAAUAAAAGAAAAAAUGCUGCAUGGGAGAAUGUCACCAAUGCAGUUAAUUCCGUUGGGUCUGAGGAGAGAACUGUCCCAGAAAUAAAAAAAAAAUGGUUUGAUAUUAAAGUAUUGGCUAAAAAACGUGUCACAGCACACAGACGAGAAAUGUCUGCAACUGAAGGAGGACAGACAACAACGGAACUUUCCCCAUUGGACAACCGCAUAGCCUGCAUCAUCGGAGACACGGCUCUGUCCGGGAUUACUAAGGACGGUGACACUGAUGCUCUUGCGACAGAACAAACCGGGCCAUCUAACACCCAAAGUGAAGCGACACCCGUUGUGCCUGAGGAGCUUGAGGAGCCGGGCCCAUCCAUUGCCCCUUCCAUGCGCCGUGCGCCAAGAGUGCUGAGUGAGGCGGUGCUACAAAAUCAAGAGGAAACAACAAAAUCCAUUAAUGACCUAAAGGAUCAACUGAGCAACAUAACGAAUGUAUUGAUUCAAAUCAACGAGUCUCUGAAACAGAUUGCCUCUUGCACAAAUACAAUUGCUAAUAAACCAUAAACCGCUGACUAAUGUGAUUUCAGUUAUUUGUUUCCACGAAGCUGCAAAACACAAAAUGAAAUCGCUGUAAUGUUUCUGCACUCGACCAAUGGCCAGACUUACCUAAAAUGUCUGUAUGAUCCUCUGUCUUGUCUGAAUGCCAGCGGCAUUAGGAGGUGGCAGGGGCACUGCAUCGGGCAUAGGGCCGUCUGGUCUUGGGGGUUCCUGCAGAGGGAUGCCCUGUCUGAUGGCCAAGUUGUGUAGCACACUGCAAGCCAUGAUGAUUUUGCAUGCUUUUUCUGGCUGAUACUGCAGUGUCCCUCCCGUGCUUGACAGACACAGCCAUCGUCCUUUCAGCAGGCCUAUUGCGCGCUCAACUGUGCUCCUUGAGCGUGCAUGUGCACGGUUGUACGCCUGUUCCUGCUCGGUCCUCGGGUUGGUUAGGGGGGUCAUUAGCCAUGGCUUUAGCGGGUAACCUUGAUCACCUAAUGAAAUAGUUUUAAGUAAUUGUAC